AUGACGAUGGUCAUUGACAACCAAAGUCGACACUACGGCGGCAUAUCAUACGAUCAUAUGUAUCCCAACAUGCAUGCAACGCCGACAUUCAGCGAUCCGUGGUCUCAUCAGACGAGCACUUCCAGUUCUUCGUUCCCAGCGCUAUCCAAGACGGACAGUGCGAGAUCUGGCAUCUCAAUGCCUUACUCUCACAUGCCUCCAGUGACUGGCUCAAUGGCCCAAGGUAGCGCCUACUCCAGCACUGGAUUUUCUGGCACGGAUUUGCUAAAUUACCCUCAAGAGAUGCCGCGCCCCAACUACGGCGAACAGGCGGCCUAUUCUUCGCCAGCGGCAACCUCAGCGUCGUACGCGCCGUCGUACUCUUCGCUCAGCUACGCCCAGUCCAUGCACCAACAGCAGCAGCAACAACAACAGCAGCAGCACAGGAAACUUUCCGACACGGUCGAGAGUUCUCGUGCCGCAAACGCCAGUUUUGGCGAACUUGACGCCUCUCGAGGCAUGUUGGCGCUCAGCCACCAAAAUCUGCAGGAUCUGACCCCCCGCAACAUCUACGAGGCCCGAGCCCAGAGAGCGUCAGCAGACUCUUACGGUUUUCCACAGGCCUCUUCAGCCCAUUCGUCCAUUUCAAACGAAUCUAGUCGAGGGUAUGCGUACUACGCGCCCAGCUCGGUGGGCUCUGUGACGGAUUCUGCCACAGACUACAGCUCGGCAGCAUCGGACGCUGGCUAUGAAUCAAUGGCAGCUUCUCGGACACUGCCUCGUCCAAACCAACUGCUGGGUCCUCCCCUUGGACCUCCCGCCCCUCAGUCAAUGAUGGGCCAAUUCUCCUCCAAGAUGGCUGCCAACACACAAAAGAAACACAAAUGCAAAGUAUGCGACAAACGCUUCACGCGGCCCAGCUCGCUGCAAACACACAUGUACAGCCACACAGGCGAAAAGCCCUUUGCCUGCGACGUGGAGGGCUGCGGGCGUCAUUUCUCCGUUGUCUCCAACUUGCGCCGACACAAGAAAGUGCACAAGGGCGACUGCAUUUCGAAUGCUAGCCAUUCGGACAUCGAGGAGUAA